AUGUAUUAUACACAGCUUUCGGUCCUCAUCGGCUUCCUUGCUGUAGCAGUCGGUAUUUUUGCUGCAUCAGAGGCUGACGGAGCUGCCAACAACAGCUCGCACUCCCUGCUGCCGAACAUCAAAGCGCACUACGGCUUUUCUCCCAAUCCUUUCAUUCUCGAUGUCGAUCCAGACUUAAUCGCAUGGAACAAGAUUCGCGCAGCCCAUGCUCGAGCUCCAGUCGCUGUAAAAGGACUCGCACCAAUUGCCCCUGGACUGAACGAAGAUAGGCCAGCUUUGUCAAUGUGGAGAGCAGUUAGGAGCCACUGGAGGAAUGACUAUGACUGGGAAGCCGUGCAGAGAUCCGUCAGUAACCGUUGUCAGGGUCCUUCCUUGAGGUCGAACAUCAUUGAGCGCCUCACGAAUCCGCCAAAUGCUUCGGUUCCGGCUUUCCACGUCGUCGCACCUUCAAUUCCUAGUUCCGGCUUCUCUCCUGCUCCCACUAAAACUGGACUUGGCCCAAUUACUGCUGCCGGCGCUUUCAACGAGCUUAUGCACCAGUUGGGGUACCGCCAGUACGUCUCUCAAGGAGACAAAAUCGGCGCCUGGAUCAUCCGAUAUCAAGCCUCGCUACAUCCUGGCAGCGUGGUCUCCCUCCAUACCAAUAUCUGGGUUGCUGCACCCAACGCAACCGACUUAAAGAGAUACGAAGCGAAUGAGACUACCGCAGAUGAGAGGACCUACAUUAAGGACCUCGAAGAAUAUAUCGAGACGAGGAGUGGAUACCGCAUCGAGCAGGAAAGGCAACCUUUGAGCUUGGCUUAUGCGAUCACCGACUCACCCCUGGGCUUCGCGAUGUGGAUAUACGACCUCAUGGCCGCACUGAUCGAUUCUGAGAUUACUCGGUGGAAGCCUGGACAAAUUAUCACCUGGUCAAUGAUGCACCUGAUCCAAGGACCUCACGGAGGGCUUCGCAUGUAUAAGGAGUUCAUAGCCGAUGGCGCUUAUACGCCGACUGGGUCUGUGGGAAAGAUGCCAUACGUGGCGACGCCUUGCGCGAUCUCGCAGUUCCCGUACGACGUCGGUUUUAGGCUGCCUCUUGAGUGGGCGCAGCGCGAAGGCAACGUCAAGAAGCGUUUCGUCCACCACCACGGAGGUCAUUUUGCCGCUUGGGAAGUGCCAGAGCUGCUGGCGGAGGAUCUCUGGUCAUGGUUUGGUGAUGAAGAGCUGUUCGGUACCCAGGUAUUCCGCGAUCGAGGUGCUAAUGAACUGGUGAAUCUGAAGGCACUUCAGUACUAG